AACAACAGCUCUCAAAACAAUUUCCACAAUACGUUAAAUCUCUGUUUCACUCAAAUACAUUUUGUUUCAUAAAUUUUCUAAGUAGUUCAUUGUUUCUGACAGACGCGAAAUGCCUUGCUCAGUGUCCAUUUUUGAAUCGGGCUCAAAUCGCUAUCGGCCCAAUGUGCGCAUUGGCAAUUGGUUCGAGGACAACUGCUUGGAGCUGGACAAGAUGGUCAGCUUUCGCAAGAUGCGCGAUCGCGGCGAGCUGCUGGUGGAGAAGGCGCGCACGCUGUUCGACAACUUCCAGCGGGAGGUGCAGCUGGCGGCGCCCAAGCACGAUAUAACAAUCGGUGCGACGAUCCAGCUGAUGCCCAUCUACAUGAACAUACAGGACCUGGACACCUCGGACCUGCACCCGGCCCUGUCGGUGGUCAUCAACGAGUACGCCAUUCGCACCAGCCAGACCAUCAACGAGGACUGCGAGCUAACUGUGGCCCCGUCGGAGCGCCCCUGCGUGCGCAACUCGUUUCGCAUUGUGAGCGGGGACGACAAGGAUCGGUCGGGCGAGAAGCUGAAGUACGGGCAGCGCUUCAGGCUCGAGUGCGUCGAGCCGACGAACGAUCCCAUUCUGCUCUACAGCGCGCCCAAGCUGAGCAACCUCACGCAGGCGAUUAAGACGACCUUCAACUCGAGCAAGCACGGGGAAAUCAACUUGCCCUUGGGGCUGGUGCACCGCAGCAGGGUGCUGUGCCCGGAUGGCGACAUACCCACGGCAUUCACCAACUGGUACUGCAUGCACGUCGAUCCGUACAAGCGCUUCGAGAGCGAAGGCGAGACGGUGCCCAGCAACGCACCUAUGAUCAUUGUCCACAGCGCCACGAAUCGCAACCUGGCCGCCGAGAAUGUUGUCACACAGACUCUUUUCGGACCCGAGUUCUUGGUUUCUGUUCAGAACUAUCGCAACGUUUUCAAGCGCGAAAUUUGGAAGAACGUCUGGAUGAUUAGCAAUGGCCAUCACACAACCGCUAAGCACGCAUAAAUUAUCCAAUAAACGCAGAAGGCCAUGGCAACAACAUUUUCUAUUUAUA